GUCCCCAGAACCCGGUCGAGAGUGAGCCGUCUUCGGCCCGCUUACCCGACGCACGUUCUACCACCAUGCCGUCCGGCUUGCCUGGCCUGGUGGUCACGGUGGAUGACCCCACCGCGGAGAGCUCCUACGGCGGCUUGGGCGGGCAUGCAACCUAUCGCGUCCUGACCAAGCACCCUGAUCUGGGCGAGACGACGGUUCGCCACCGCUAUUCUGAGUUCCGCUCGCUCCGCAAGUCCCUUCUGGAGGCGUGCCCGGGCGUGCUGCUGCCGCUGAUUCCCGAGAAGAAGAUCCUUGCCAACAGCUCGAUGCUGCUGCACGACGGCGACUUCCUCGCCCGCCGCGCCGCCGAACUCGCCGAGUUCCUCUCCCAAGUCACCUCUCACCAGCUCUGCAUGGCCUCGGCGGAGCUAUCCAACUUUCUCCGCUGGCCUCAGCCGCUGGUUCUGCUCGUGCAGGAGCACGCCGCCGCCCAGGAGCUGCCGCCGCUCGAGCGGGCCGACGGCGUCGACGGCGCGGACCCGCUCGCAAGCAGCGAAGGAGACCUCGUGGCGGAGAGGGACGACCUCGAAGCGGCUCGCAUCGUGCUGCAGCGCCUGGCCUCCCGCCAGAAGGACUCGGCGACCGACACACUCCUCUUCGGCAAGCUCUGCCAGGAGCUCUCCUCGCACGGUCACGUCGCCGGACUGCGCGCGCCUCUCCGCAGCGCCGCGGACGGCACCGGCGCCGUCGCCGCGGCGCUGCAGGCGCAGGCGGAGGCGAACGCUGUGAGCGAGCUGCUGCUGCGGCUCGGCCGCUUCGCCCGCCUCGCCGGGUCUGCGCUCGAGCAGGUCGCCUUGCGCCGCAAGCUCGCCGAGCGCGCGACGAGCACGGCCAAGCGCCUCGCGGACGUGUCCGCCAAGGAGGGGCGCGAGACCAAGGACUCGAAGCGAGACCGGCUUGGCGAGGAGGCACGGCGGCUGAGCAUCCUGCUGCAGGAGCUGCGGGACGCGCACGCCGCCUUCACGCGCACACUGCUCUGGGAGCUCGGACGGUUCCGCGCCGCAAAGGAGGAUGGUCUGUACUGCGCCCUCCGCUCCUUCUCGGCUGCCAACGAGGCGCACUCGCAGCGCGUGGCCGCCGCCUGGGAGGCGCUGCGGCGGCGGGAGGCGCUGCGGCGGCGGCGGGAGGCGUUGUUUUUCUUCCCGCCCGGCCGCCCCUCAGCAGUCGCACACGUGAGCCCGCCCAGUCGCGGGCCGGGUCUCGUCGCCCCAAGGUCUCGUCGCCCAAGACGCCGCAGAGCGGCGCGACGCGGAUACAGCGACGAACGUUCGAUCCGGCUUUCGUACUCUGUGCAUCCGUACCGUCAGAGUGGGCGUAAACUAGCCGCCACGGUGUCGGCCGCGCGCAGUAACGGUGCCGGGAAAUGGUGUGUGGAGCUGGAGGUGCGCCGCGGCGCGGGGGCGGCUCUGUGCGGUGUCGGUUUUUGUACGCACGGAGCUUUAACUUAGUAAAUGUAUAUUAUAAGAGAGAGAACAGAA